AUCCACGACCUUACUACCUCACCUCAACGUGCCAUCAUGUCUUCCCGUCGCGGCGUCGGCCUCGGCGCCUUUACGAACCGUAACCAGGCCAGUCAGUCAUACGCAACACAUGGCGCUAACCUGCGCUCGACCCACCUUGCCUCUCUACAGACCCAGCUCUCUGUCUUUCAGUCACUCCUUCACAGCUUCGCCUUGGAACACAGCUCAACCAUAAAGUCGAACCCGACCUUCCGUGCCGAGUUUGCACGCAUGUGCAAUACCAUCGGUGUUGAUCCGCUGGCAGCCAGUAACAUCAAGGGGAAAACGGGACGGAAAGGCGAGGGGGGCAGUUUCUGGACCCAGAUAUUAGGCGGAGACGUGAAUGAUUUCUACUUUGAGGUUGCUGUCCGAGUGGUCGAAUUAUGCAGAGAAACAAGAAGCGAAAAUGGCGGCCUGAUAGGUGUAGAGGAAUGUCGGAAACAGGUAGGGAAGGGAAAGGCGAUUGGGAGUGGGUUGGAGGUUACAGAUGACGAUAUCCUCCGUGCCGUGAAAUCCCUUGAACCACUCGGAUCAGGUUUCUCCAUCGUCCGCGUAGGCAACAAACAAUACGUCCGAUCCAUCCCCAAGGAACUUAACAAUGACCAGUCGACCGUUCUCGAGGCUAUCCAAGUUCUGGGCUACGUGAGCGUUUCUAUGUUAUGUGUGAACCUCAACUGGGAGAAAGCCCGGGCUCAGACAGUCAUUGACGACCUCCUGGCUGACGGUCUGGUCUGGCUCGACGCCCAGUCCGAGGAGAAUGAGUAUUGGUCGCCACAGAAUUUGUUGGAUGACAGUGGAUGAGGUAUUAUCUACAAAGCAUAAAUCCAAUCGUGCGGCAGAUUCCAUAUCAUGGCAUUUUCUUCAUCUGCAGUAUUCUUGACGUUGCCCUCUAGUGUGAUGCUGCGGAGAUUUGAACCACAUUCCACUCAGCCUUUCGAGGAAUACGUGAUGCAGCGACCAAGGCAACAUCUCAUGCCCCCUCCUGCGAAAACGGUGAAUGUUACGGAGGAAUACCUGGCGGGCAGUCGUCCCUUUUUACAUAAACCAACAUGAAACGAGAAGGCAUCGAGAAGAUUGCCCUCCUUUGGUCCUGCCCUAUAUACCAGUUAGUAUUCUUAUUCCGAGACCUCACAGACAGUGGUAUGUGGCCGGUUUUCAUCGUCAUUCCCCAUUAAGUGGAUUUCUGAUUAUCAUCCAUCUUUGGAAUACGAGAUGCCUUUCCCGACGACGCCUACCAGAAAACAACCCGGUAGCGUAUAGAGUUGGACAAGACAAUACUAUGUUUCUUUUUAAUGUAUUUAUAAACAUUAUGUAUUGUUUAUAGAAUACUUUAUAUAGUAGCUAAAAGCAGCUUGCUAUGGCCUUAUAUUUGUUGGAUCAUACCGUUUUGGAGGAUGGAGGACUCGUGGAUGAAGCAGUCAUGAAAACAUAUAUGUUAAAUGUGCUGAGAGUGUGCUGACUUGGGUGCUUAUUU